AUGACAGAGAUCAGUGCUGAUCUAACAUCUAAAGAUGUAGCUGGUUCUGGUGAUGAAGCUGGUUCUGAGAAUCCUGCAGUGACAACAGCAUCAGAUAAAGCAAUUGAUGGUAUAAAAUCAACCUUGUCCCCACCUUCCUCACUCUAUAGUACAGAGAAACCAGCAUUCACAACAAAACCUCAAGAAAAUGUCUCUACAGAUCAAUCCUCUAUCACAGCAGAGGCUAGUUCCAUUUUUGCAUCAACAGAGGAGGGCUCUGGUGAAGUAACAUCUGAUGGGUCUCCUAAAGAGACUGAAACAGAAUCAUCAACAUCAACGUUCAGCACAAAGAAACCAUCAGUGACAACAGAAUCCCAUGAAACAAUUGACAGUUCAAGGACAACAGCAUAUCCAGCCUCCUCUCUGUACAGCACUGACACGCCCACAAGCCAGUCAAAGACAGCCUUUGUUACACCAGAAGAUAGUGUAGUUUCAUCUUCAACCCUUGAAGAGGGCUCAGAUGGUCAAACAAUUGAUAUGUCCACCCAAGAGACUGUUACUACCACAUCAUCCUCUGUGUUGAGUAGAACGGAGCCAGAAAAAGAAGCAGCUGCUGUUAAAAUAUCCAGUACUUCUGCUUCUCCCUCCUUUUCCACUGAAACAGCUAGCACCAUCUCAAGUGAGCAACCAGAACAGACAAGUACAGAUACGUCUCCAGGCAGUGAGACCUCCGCUGGCACAUCAUCGUCUUUGUUAAGUACUGAGAAACCAAGCAAGUUACCCACAGGAAAGUCGUCAGUCUCGCCAACAACAGAGAUGACAGAGAUCAGUGCUGAUCUAACAUCUAAAGAUGUAGCUGGUUCUGGUGAUGAAGCUGGUUCUGGUGAUGAAGCUCCUGACGUGUUCUCUCAGAUGUCUGCUGUCACAACUGUAUCUUCCCUGGCAAGCACAGGGGGACCAUCCACAGUGUUAUCAGAAACUGUAGUGGAUAUUUCAAAUCAGACAGUGAUGCCAUCAACAUAUUUUGCCUCAGAUGUCACAAAGACCAGUUCCAUAACCAACUCUCCAAGUUCAACAUCACCUGAGGCAUCCGCAGAUUCUAGCGAUGAGAUUGUGGAAUAUGGUGUUAGCAAAGAACCUAUCAUGCUGGAAUCUUCCCCUUCCUUCUAUGGAUCAAGCACAGAGGCGGCCACAGCAGUAGUAACUACUCCUUCUGACACAGAAUUUCCAGCGGACCUGACUUCUACGAUAUUUACUGAUGAAUCGUUAAUUAUCUCAACCCCCAUUUCUUUUUUGUCCACCACAGAGAAACCUGCAGUGACAACAGCAUCAGAUAAAGCAAUUGAUGGUAUAAAAUCAACCUUGUCCCCACCUUCCUCACUCUAUAGUACAGAGAAACCAGCAUUCACAACAAAACCUCAAGAAAAUGUCUCUACAGAUCAAUCCUCUAUCACAGCAGAGGCUAGUUCCAUUUUUGCAUCAACAGAGGAGGGCUCUGGUGAAGUAACAUCUGAUGGGUCUCCUAAAGAGACUGAAACAGAAUCAUCAACAUCAACGUUCAGCACAAAGAAACCAUCAGUGACAACAGAAUCCCAUGAAACAAUUGACAGUUCAAGGACAACAGCAUAUCCAGCCUCCUCUCUGUACAGCACUGACACGCCCACAAGCCAGUCAAAGACAGCCUUUGUUACACCAGAAGAUAGUGGAGUUUCAUCUUCAACCCUUGAAGAGGGCUCAGAUGGUCAAACAAUUGAUAUGUCCACCCAAGAGACUGUUACUACCACAUCAUCCUCUGUGUUGAGUACAACGGAGCCAGAAAAAGAAGCAGCUGCUGUUAAAAUAUCCAGUACUUCUGCUUCUCCCUCCUUUUCCACUGAAACAGCUACCGCCAUCUCAAGUGAGCAACCAGAACAGACAAGUACAGAUACGUCUCCAGGCAGUGAGACCUCUGCUGGCACAUCGUCGUCUUUGUUAAGUACUGAGAAACCGAGCAAGUUACCCUCAGGAAAGUCGUCAGUCUCGCCAACAACAGAGAAGACAGAGAUCAGUGCUGAUCUAACAUCUAAAGAUGUAGCUGGUUCUGGUGAUGAAGCUCCUGACGUGUUCUCUCAGAUAUCUGCUGUCACAACUGUAUCUUCCCUGGCAAGCACAGAGGGACCAUCCACAGUGUCAUCAGAAACUGUAGUGGAUAUUUCAAAUCAGACAGUGAUGCCAUCAACAUAUGUUGCCUCAGAUGUCACAAAGACCAGUUCCAUAACCAGCUCUCAAAGUUCAACAUCACCUGAGGCAUCCGCAGAUUCUAGCGAUGAGAUCGUGGAAUAUGGUGUUAGCAAAGAACCUAUCAUGCUGGAAUCUUCCCCUUCCUUCUAUGGAUCAAGCACAGAGGCGGCCACAGCAGUAGUAACUACUCCUUCUGACACAGAAUUCCCAGCGGACCUGACUUCUACGAUAUUUACUGAUGAAUCGUUAAUUAUCUCAACCACCAUUUCUUCUUUGCUCACCACAGAGAAACCUGCAGUGACAACAGCAUCAGAUAAAGCAAUUGAUGGUAUAAAAUCAACCUUGUCCCCACCUUCCUCACUCUAUAGUACAGAGAAACCAGCAUUCACAACAAAACCUCAAGAAAAUGUCUCUACAGAUCAAUCCUCUAUCACAGCAGAGGCUAGUUCCAUUUUUGCAUCAACAGAGGAGGGCUCUGGUGAAGUAACAUCUGAUGGGUCUCCUAAAGAGACUGAAACAGAAUCAUCAACAUCAACGUUCAGCACAAAGAAACCAUCAGUGACAACAGAAUCCCAUGAAACAAUUGACAGUUCAAGGACAACAGCAUAUCCAGCCUCCUCUCUGUACAGCACUGACACGCCCACAAGCCGAUCAAAGACAGCCUCUGUUACACCAGAAGAUAGUGUAGUUUCAUCUUCAACCCUUGAAGAGGGCUCAGAUGGUCAAACAAUUGAUCUGUCCACCCAAGAGACUGUUACUACCACAUCAUCCUCUGUGUUGAGUACAACGGAACCAGAAAAAGAAGCAGCUGCUGUUAAAAUAUCUACUACUUCUGCUUCUCCCUCCUUUUCCACUGAAACAGCUACCGCCAUCUCAAGUGAGCAACCAGAACAGACAAGUACAGAUACGUCUCCAGGCAGUGAGACCUCUGCUGGCACAUCGUCGUCUUUGUUAAGUACUGAGAAACCGAGCAAGUUACCCUCAGGAAAGUCGUCAGUCUCGCCAACAACAGAGAAGACAGAGAUCAGUGCUGAUCUAACAUCUAAAGAUGUAGCUGGUUCUGGUGAUGAAGCUGGUUCUGGUGAUGAAGCUCCUGACGUGUUCUCUCAGAUGUCUGCUGUCACAACUGUAUCUUCCCUGGCAAGCACAGAGGGACCAUCCACAGUGUCAUCAGAAACUGUAGUGGAUAUUUCAAAUCAGACAGUGAUGCCAUCAACAUAUGUUGCCUCAGAUGUCACAAAGACCAGUUCCAUAACCAGCUCUCAAAGUUCAACAUCACCUGAGGCAUCCGCAGAUUCUAGCGAUGAGAUCGUGGAAUAUGGUGUUAGCAAAGAACCUAUCAUGCUGGAAUCUUCCCCUUCCUUCUAUGGAUCAAGCACAGAGGCGGCCACAGCAGUAGUAACUACUCCUUCUGACACAGAAUUCCCAGCGGACCUGACUUCUACGAUAUUUACUGAUGAAUCGUUAAUUAUCUCAACCACCAUUUCUUCUUUGCUCACCACAGAGAAACCUGCAGUGACAACAGCAUCAGAUAAAGCAAUUGAUGGUAUAAAAUCAACCUUGUCCCCACCUUCCUCACUCUAUAGUACAGAGAAACCAGCAUUCACAACAAAACCUCAAGAAAAUGUCUCUACAGAUCAAUCCUCUAUCACAGCAGAGGCUAGUUCCAUUUUUGCAUCAACAGAGGAGGGCUCUGGUGAAGUAACAUCUGAUGGGUCUCCUAAAGAGACUGAAACAGAAUCAUCAACAUCAACGUUCAGCACAAAGAAACCAUCAGUGACAACAGAAUCCCAUGAAACAAUUGACAGUUCAAGGACAACAGCAUAUCCAGCCUCCUCUCUGUACAGCACUGACACGCCCACAAGCCGAUCAAAGACAGCCUCUGUUACACCAGAAGAUAGUGUAGUUUCAUCUUCAACCCUUGAAGAGGGCUCAGAUGGUCAAACAAUUGAUCUGUCCACCCAAGAGACUGUUACUACCACAUCAUCCUCUGUGUUGAGUACAACGGAACCAGAAAAAGAAGCAGCUGCUGUUAAAAUAUCUACUACUUCUGCUUCUCCCUCCUUUUCCACUGAAACAGCUACCGCCAUCUCAAGUGAGCAACCAGAACAGACAAGUACAGAUACGUCUCCAGGCAGUGAGACCUCCGCUGGCACAUCGUCGUCUUUGUUAAGUACUGAGAAACCGAGCAAGUUACCCUCAGGAAAGUCGUCAGUCUCGCCAACAACAGAGAAGACAGAGAUCAGUGCUGAUCUAACAUCUAAAGAUGUAGCUGGUUCUGGUGAUGAAGCUCCUGACGUGUUCUCUCAGAUGUCUGCUGUCACAACUGUAUCUUCCCUGGCAAGCACAGAGGGACCAUCCACAGUGUCAUCAGAAACUGUAGUGGAUAUUUCAAAUCAGACAUUGAUGCCAUCAACAUAUGUUGCCUCAGAUGUCACAAAGACCAGUUCCAUAACCAGCUCUCAAAGUUCAACAUCACCUGAGGCAUCCGCAGAUUCUAGCGAUGAGAUCGUGGAAUAUGGUGUUAGCAAAGAACCUAUCAUGCUGGAAUCUUCCCCUUCCUUCUAUGGAUCAAGCACAGAGGCGGCCACAGCAGUAGUAACUACUCCUUCUGACACAGAAUUUCCAGCGGACCUGACUUCUACGAUAUUUACUGAUGAAUCGUUAAUUAUCUCAACCCCCAUUUCUUUUUUGUCCACCACAGAGAAACCUGCAGUGACAACAGCAUCAGAUAAAGCAAUUGAUGGUAUAAAAUCAACCUUGUCCCCACCUUCCUCACUCUAUAGUACAGAGAAACCAGCAUUCACAACAAAACCUCAAGAAAAUGUCUCUACAGAUCAAUCCUCUAUCACAGCAGAGGCUAGUUCCAUUUUUGCAUCAACAGAGGAGGGCUCUGGUGAAGUAACAUCUGAUGGGUCUCCUAAAGAGACUGAAACAGAAUCAUCAACAUCAACGUUCAGCACAAAGAAACCAUCAGUGACAACAGAAUCCCAUGAAACAAUUGACAGUUCAAGGACAACAGCAUAUCCAGCCUCCUCUCUGUACAGCACUGACACGCCCACAAGCCGAUCAAAGACAGCCUCUGUUACACCAGAAGAUAGUGUAGUUUCAUCUUCAACCCUUGAAGAGGGCUCAGAUGGUCAAACAAUUGAUCUGUCCACCCAAGAGACUGUUACUACCACAUCAUCCUCUGUGUUGAGUACAACGGAACCAGAAAAAGAAGCAGCUGCUGUUAAAAUAUCUACUACUUCUGCUUCUCCCUCCUUUUCCACUGAAACAGCUACCGCCAUCUCAAGUGAGCAACCAGAACAGACAAGUACAGAUACGUCUCCAGGCAGUGAGACCUCCGCUGGCACAUCGUCGUCUUUGUUAAGUACUGAGAAACCGAGCAAGUUACCCUCAGGAAAGUCGUCAGUCUCGCCAACAACAGAGAAGACAGAGAUCAGUGCUGAUCUAACAUCUAAAGAUGUAGCUGGUUCUGGUGAUGAAGCUGGUUCUGGUGAUGAAGCUCCUGACGUGUUCUCUCAGAUGUCUGCUGUCACAACUGUAUCUUCCCUGGCAAGCACAGAGGGACCAUCCACAGUGUCAUCAGAAACUGUAGUGGAUAUUUCAAAUCAGACAUUGAUGCCAUCAACAUAUGUUGCCUCAGAUGUCACAAAGACCAGUUCCAUAACCAGCUCUCAAAGUUCAACAUCACCUGAGGCAUCCGCAGAUUCUAGCGAUGAGAUCGUGGAAUAUGGUGUUAGCAAAGAACCUAUCAUGCUGGAAUCUUCCCCUUCCUUCUAUGGAUCAAGCACAGAGGCGGCCACAGCAGUAGUAACUACUCCUUCUGACACAGAAUUUCCAGCGGACCUGACUUCUACGAUAUUUACUGAUGAAUCGUUAAUUAUCUCAACCCCCAUUUCUUUUUUGUCCACCACAGAGAAACCUGCAGUGACAACAGCAUCAGAUAAAGCAAUUGAUGGUAUAAAAUCAACCUUGUCCCCACCUUCCUCACUCUAUAGUACAGAGAAACCAGCAUUCACAACAAAACCUCAAGAAAAUGUCUCUACAGAUCAAUCCUCUAUCACAGCAGAGGCUAGUUCCAUUUUUGCAUCAACAGAGGAGGGCUCUGGUGAAGUAACAUCUGAUGGGUCUCCUAAAGAGACUGAAACAGAAUCAUCAACAUCAACGUUCAGCACAAAGAAACCAUCAGUGACAACAGAAUCCCAUGAAACAAUUGACAGUUCAAGGACAACAGCAUAUCCAGCCUCCUCUCUGUACAGCACUGACACGCCCACAAGCCGAUCAAAGACAGCCUCUGUUACACCAGAAGAUAGUGUAGUUUCAUCUUCAACCCUUGAAGAGGGCUCAGAUGGUCAAACAAUUGAUCUGUCCACCCAAGAGACUGUUACUACCACAUCAUCCUCUGUGUUGAGUACAACGGAACCAGAAAAAGAAGCAGCUGCUGUUAAAAUAUCUACUACUUCUGCUUCUCCCUCCUUUUCCACUGAAACAGCUACCGCCAUCUCAAGUGAGCAACCAGAACAGACAAGUACAGAUACGUCUCCAGGCAGUGAGACCUCCGCUGGCACAUCGUCGUCUUUGUUAAGUACUGAGAAACCGAGCAAGUUACCCUCAGGAAAGUCGUCAGUCUCGCCAACAACAGAGAAGACAGAGAUCAGUGCUGAUCUAACAUCUAAAGAUGUAGCUGGUUCUGGUGAUGAAGCUGGUUCUGGUGAUGAAGCUCCUGACGUGUUCUCUCAGAUGUCUGCUGUCACAACUGUAUCUUCCCUGGCAAGCACAGAGGGACCAUCCACAGUGUCAUCAGAAACUGUAGUGGAUAUUUCAAAUCAGACAUUGAUGCCAUCAACAUAUGUUGCCUCAGAUGUCACAAAGACCAGUUCCAUAACCAGCUCUCAAAGUUCAACAUCACCUGAGGCAUCCGCAGAUUCUAGCGAUGAGAUCGUGGAAUAUGGUGUUAGCAAAGAACCUAUCAUGCUGGAAUCUUCCCCUUCCUUCUAUGGAUCAAGCACAGAGGCGGCCACAGCAGUAGUAACUACUCCUUCUGACACAGAAUUUCCAGCGGACCUGACUUCUACGAUAUUUACUGAUGAAUCGUUAAUUAUCUCAACCCCCAUUUCUUUUUUGUCCACCACAGAGAAACCUGCAGUGACAACAGCAUCAGAUAAAGCAAUUGAUGGUAUAAAAUCAACCUUGUCCCCACCUUCCUCACUCUAUAGUACAGAGAAACCAGCAUUCACAACAAAACCUCAAGAAAAUGUCUCUACAGAUCAAUCCUCUAUCACAGCAGAGGCUAGUUCCAUUUUUGCAUCAACAGAGGAGGGCUCUGGUGAAGUAACAUCUGAUGGGUCUCCUAAAGAGACUGAAACAGAAUCAUCAACAUCAACGUUCAGCACAAAGAAACCAUCAGUGACAACAGCAUUAGAUAAAGCAAUUGAUGGUGUAAUAUCAACCUUGUCCCCACCUUCCUCACUCUAUAGUACAGAGAAACCAUCAUUCACAACAGAACCUCAAGAAAGUGUCUCUAGAGAUCAAUCCUCUAUCACAGCAGAGGCUAGUUCCAUUUUUGCAUCAACAGAGGAGGGCUCUGGUGGGGUAACACCUGAUGGGUCUCCUAUAGAGACUGAAACAGAAUCAUCAACAUCAACGUUCAGCACAAAGAAACCAUUGGUGACAACAGAAUCCCAUGAAACAAUUGACAGUUCAAGGACUACAGCAUAUCCGGCCUCCUCUCUGUACAGCACUGACACGCCCAGAAGCCAAUCAAAGACAGCCUCUGUUACACCAGAAGAUAGUGUAGUUUCAUCUUCAACCCUUGAAGAGAGCUCAGGGGUUGAAACAUCUCAUUUGUCCACACAAGAGACCGUUACUAUCACAUCAACUUCUGUAAAGAGUACAAAGGAGCCAGGACAACAAGCAGCUGCUGUUACAAUAUCCACCACUUCUGCAUCCCCCUCCUUUUCCACUGAAAAAGCUACCGCCAUCUCAAGUGAGCAACCAGAACAGACAAGUACAGAUAUAUCGUCAAGUGAUGACACAUCCAUCAGUAUAGCUACUGUGUUGCCCACAUAUAUGUCCACUGUAACCAGUGUCUCUGCAUCUUCAAUACAGUCAACAGAAGAAGGUCCAAUAGAAACACCUUCAGAGGCUACAAAGGAGGAAACAUCAAUGGACCACACAGUUUCUUCAUCGUCUCCAUCAACAACUCUGCAAACCCGUGGUUAUCCCACAAGAGUCACCUCCACAUUCAUCGACAUGGAGAGUUCUGGGGACUCAUUUGUGGAUGAUGAUCUGGGGAGCACUCCUGAUGGAUCAGGUUCUGAACUACUGAUGGAGAACUUUAUAAAAUCAAAAGCGGGAGUCACUCCUGCCCCAGUUAAGACUGAGAUGGUUGAGCAGAGCACAUCAGCAGUACCAAGCUUUGCAACAUCAACUUAUUUAAGCACAAAGCCAACCAUGGAUUCAGAAUCAUCAACCCAACCUCCAUACAUUACAAGCACAGAGACUUUAACUGUCACUAUCUCUAUGUCACCGGAUGGAAGCACAGCUGACCACACACAGGAUUUUUUUAUUCAGUCCUCCAAUGUAACAGAUUCAUCUGUCUACACAACUGAGUCAACCACAGAAGUCUUGGCUACAAAUGAGCAUAUUGAUUCAGCCUUCCCAGAAACAACUACAAGUACUGAUGAGAGAGUUUCUAUAACAUCGGCAAAACCUGAAACACAAUCAGAUGGUUCAGGGGACCUAUUAACAGAUGUGUCAUCAAUGUUCAGCACAGGGAUACCAAAAGUAAUAAUGUCGUCACAUGAAACAACAACAGGUUCCAUUUCAAAAUCUGAUGUAACAGCAGCUUCUUUCCCCAUCAGCUCUGAAGAAUCAACCACGGCCCCUUCAAAUAUGACGAUAUCCAAUUCUGUCUCAUUACGGCCUUUGUUGACUGAUACAUCAAAAUCCACCCUAACCAUUACUUUGAUGGAAGAAAAAAGUUCCAGUUUCCAUCCCCCUGGGGUAUUCACUUCGACUCCAUCAGAAGCCACAGGUGAAACAGAGUAUUUUGUUUCAGUUACACCAGGCUCUGAUGAGAUGGCUACCUCAAAAGAAAGGGAGAUUAUCCGAGCUACAGAAAGCACUGUGAGUUCUGAAACAACACAGACUCCAAGUCAUAGCCGCAUGGACGAAAGUAAUACUUUAGCUGAGCGAACAAGAGACUACUCCCAUCCAACCAUGAUGCCCAAUGCAACCUUAAAGUUAGUUAGUGAUCACACUUCAAGUGACACCACCAAGUCAAGCUCAAGCAGUGAAUUCCCAUCCAUUUCAACCGCUUUCCCCUCUAUUGUUUACCAUUCUGUGACAGACCAACAGAUUCUGAUUAUUAGUCCCACAACCAGCCAAACCAAUGCUGAACUAAGUGAACAGACCCCUACAAUGAUUCUGCAUGGGACCAAACCAUCAGCAAGCACCACUCGCAUAUUCACAGAGGAAGCCACAGAUGAGGAUACGAUUUUCUCAACAGUGACAGAUGGCAUGAAACAUGGAAGCCUAGAUCCUGGCCUUAUUACCAAAGAUAAUACUAUCAUCGAUGCAGACACUUUUUCUGUGGUUUCCACCAUUCAGACUGAGGAAGAAGGAGGUUUCACAGCAGUUACAAUGACACCCAUGCUGGAUGGGACAGAAGAGAUGAAAGGUUCUGGAAGUGAUGAGGUAAUUUCUGAAUCCACUCCAGCCACCCUUGAUUCAACAUCAGAAUCCUCUGAAAAUUCCUCUCAUCGUUCAGAAUCAACAAGCAGCUCUGCAGAGAUCAAAAUGGUCCCAACAGAAGAAGAAGGCAGCUCUAGUAGUUCUAGUGAGUCAUCCAGUGCUGAGGCAGUGACAUUUGCGCCACAGAGCACGGGAGAAUCUAAAUUAUUGACUGUGCAAUAUAGCAUGUUCCCCACUGCAAGUGCCGACCAAACCACUCAACGAAUGGAUGCUGAUUCUACGAGUGACAGCAUUAACGAUAAGGAGGGUGGUUCUACCACAGAAAUGUCAUCCACUUUGCCUCCUUCUCAAGCUUCAAACGAAUCAGCUGAAAUUGUGACAACAGCCGUGCUUAAAGGUCAAGAUACAACAGCAAAUGCAAAGACUACUGCUUCUUCACUGUUCCGUACUAAGACCCCAAUUGUUUCUGUAUCAGAUAUUACGGGUGAGCCUACUGCCACAGUAAAAGCAGAACAAGGAAGCCUUUCCUCUAUAUCAGAUAUCACAACAGAGGAAAGCUCUGGUCAGCCAAGCACAGCUAUGUUUACAGAAGAACCUUCUUUGUACAGCACAACCAAACCCCUAAAAGAUAUGAACACAGAAGAGGCACUGAGACCCACUGCCUCCCUGCAUGCCACGGAGGAACCCACCAUUUCCUCUGGCACAGAUGUGACCAGCAAAGAUGACUCAUCUGAACAAACCCCACCUAGUACAAUGGUCAAUGAAACAGUGAUGGUGGAACAAGAGCCAAUCCCCACUAUUUCAGCUACUACAAGUGUAGGAGCUGUGUCAUCUCUUUAUAGCACCCAAAAACCAGUUAUCACAUCGAGUCCAGAUGUUACUGAGUACUCAAAUACCUUAACCAUAGAAUCCUUUUCAGAGACUUCCACAGUGUACACAUAUACAGUAAAGAUUGAUGAACUGCCUUCCACAAACGUUCCAACUUCACCCCAAGUUACUAAACAGCCAUCAGCGGCAAAUGUCAUUGAUGGUGAGAGCUCCGGUGACAAGGCAAUGGAUACAACCACUAACCUAAACAACAUCUCCACAUUAUCACCGAAAAUUAUAAUAGAUGGAAAUACUUUAUCCACCUCCACGUCCUCACGUCCUCACAGCACAGAGAAAACACUGACUGAAACAGAAAGAGAUGAAGCUACUAAGGAAUCAACUGAAGAAUCAGUCUCAUCAAUGGAACUUCAUACAGCAUCGUCUCAACAAUGGGUCUCAGAUCCUUCCUCUGCCAUCGCAACAUCAUCAACACCUGUGGACAAAGUUCAAUUUGUCACCACUUUUGUGCCGGUACCUGAAGUAACAUCAUCAGCAGAAUCUUAUCAGCAGGCCAGGUCGGAGAUUACGUUUAUACAUCAUUCCUCAGUCGCUGUCAGCGCAGCGGAAAUAGUAGCGGCUACAACAAUCACAACUAUGGUCUCCAGUGAGAGGACCACCUCCCCUCCUACUGAAAAGGGUGUCACUGCAACAACUGAUAACUUUUUGUUCGAUGACUCAUCCAGCCAGUCAACUGCUACCCUAGAAGUUUCAACUUCCGCAGAAAGCCUCCCUGAAAAACAGGAUGGUGUUGAAAAUACAUCUGAUAAAACUGAAGCAUCGACCAAAGUCCCAAUGACCACCUUCUCUAGUGUGGAUAAAGUUGUGGAUUACAACAGCACAGGGCCUGCUGUGCUUGUAGCCAUAACCGAAAGCGGUAGGACACAUUCUGAAGAGUCCACACUGAGUUUCAAGGAAGUAACAUUGAUUCCGGUUACAUCACAGGAUAACUUAUCAACACUUGGCCACACAGAGAACCCAAAAGCUGCCCCCAUUUCAGAGAUUUCUGAAUCAGAAGCCUCAGGGGAUGGGACACCUGUUAUCUUCAUCAGAGAGAUGUCCACACUAUCACCUCCGUUGUUGAUGAAAGAAAGUGAAAUGGUAACAAGCAGUGGGCAAACUCCUUAUGUGGCACACAUCGAGGAAACUUCUACAAGCUCAGAAGAGGAAGGUUUUACAUCUCAGACGAAAACAGUAGUUACCCCAUUCCCAACCUUGGCCCUGGCUCCCAAUCUGACCAUAGAGGAUAGUAUACAUAGCAUACAUUUGACAGCUGCUACAUCACAGCUUGAUGUCAAUAUUCAGUUUGUCACAACAAGUUCUCCUUUACAACAUCUGACAACCCCUGUAGAAUCCUUUGAACAGGCCAGGUCUGACGACAGCUUAACCCAUGUGCCUUACACCGAUCAUUCCUCUGGGGAUGCACUACUAAGCACAACCAGCCCCCUGUUGCCAAUUCAGAAGACAACCCAGAGUUCAGAGUCAACAGCCAACCCUGUAAAUGGGUCAACUUCAAAAGACAAUUGGACAAUUGAACCUCUAAAAGAAGCCAGUUCAAGUAGCACAGAGAGUGAAUCGUCAACCUCUACCCCGUUUUAUGAAAAAGACCCCGAUUAUGGCACCCCAGUAGAUUAUGAAGCACCAGACCUCUCCAAGGUUGAAUCGGUCCCGAUUUACCCAGGAGCACCUCCAAGCGCUCUGCCACAAACUACUCAGAGCCAGUCUGUUAUCUCAGCAGGCAGCGAAAGUGGCUCUGAGGGAAGCACUUCUCAAUCAUCCGUAAUAGCAGGGAGUACCUCUGUUGUGCCUGCAGUGGAUCUGGAGAGUGACAAGGUUGAAGACAAAACGGAGCUAUCGGCUGCCAUCACUAGCCCGCCCUCUAUGAUAAUAACCAAAGCGCCCACUGUUGAGGCCGGUGAAGAAUCCACUAAAGAAAAGCCCUCAGCCGCUCCCGGUGAGAUCAAGACUGUAUUCAAGGCAGAUGUUACCACAAGUUUACCGAUGAUCAGAGAGCCAGGUAUGAGAGAGGAUUCCAUGAGUGUGGACAGAGAAGUGUCUGCCACUACGACCGCAAUCGUGCCUCUGGCUGAGACACAAAGCCUGGAAGACAUAAUCAAAUCAUUGCAUACAACACCUUCUUCAUUCUCCAAUGAAAAUGAUACAGUGGACCGGGAUGGGACACCCUAUACACCUCUCUUCAAUGAAGGAUUGCCGAUCAGUGGAGAAGAACCCAGCAACUCUGCUGAAACUGGACUGGACAUAAACCACAGCAUCAUCGGCGAGACUGUUGAAAUUCCAGGUUUUCACUCAUGUGUGAACAACAUUUGUUUGAAUGGCGGUUCCUGCUUCAAGACCGGCAGUACAAUUUCAUGCAGCUGUCCCCCUGGUUACAGUGGAGUCCGUUGUGAAACAGAUAUUGAUGAAUGCCAGUCCAACCCUUGCCGUAACGGUGGUACAUGUGUUGAUGGGGUUGGCUGCCAUACAUGUGUGUGCCUUCCCAGCUACUCCGGCCGUAACUGUGAAGAGGACACUGAAACAUGUGGCUAUGGCUGGCAUAAAUUCCAGGGCCACUGCUACAAGUACUCUCCCCAUAGGAGGAACUGGGACAACGCAGAGCGCGAGUGCAGAAUGCAGGGCGCUCACCUCGCCAGUAUAGUUUCCCACGAGGAGCAGCAGUUUGUCAACCGUCUGGGCCAGGACUACCAGUGGAUCGGCCUGAACGAUAAGGUGUACGACAGCGACUUCCGCUGGACCGACGGCAACCCUCUGCAAUAUGAGAACUGGAGGCCCAAUCAACCGGACAGCUUCUUCUCCGCCGGGGAGGACUGUGUCGUGAUGAUCUGGCACGAGGACGGACAGUGGAACGACGUACCUUGUAACUACCACCUCACCUACACCUGCAAGAAGGGCACAGUGGCCUGUAAUCAGCCCCCUCUUGUGGAGAAUGCACGUACCUUCGGCAAGAUGCGGCCACGCUAUGAAAUCAACAGCCUUGUGAGGUACCAGUGCCAGACCGGCUUCGUUCAGAGACAUGUGCCAAUCAUCCGUUGCCGUGGGGAUGGACGGUGGGAUACGCCCCAAGUAUCCUGCAUGAACCCCUCAAGUUAUCAGAGGGCCUUCACCAGAAGACAUCAACACACUAGCCUGUACAGCAUCCACAACUUCAAAAGGCCAGAGGAGGCCAUCAACUAUCAACGCCAGCCAAGACACAGGGGGAAAAGAGACAGGACUGGUCACAAGUUGAGGUUGAGGAGACAGUGACUGCCAUUAAACAUGGACUAAACUGCACAUGGCACAUGGUGUGUCAAUAAGAAAUAAUUCCUAAAAGAAAAGGACAAGAGAAAUCUCCUCUGUGAAGAUCAGUGGAUGCAAUUUUGGAUGGCAAGUUGAGCCUUUAAGUGCCUUAAGAAGACUUGUUGUUGGAGGUCAUUCGGUUAUAAAAAGGAGAAAAUGCAAAGAUGGAUCCUUUCAGCUGGCUACUGGAAAAGAACAUUCAUUUUUAAUUCUUCAAUGCUUCCACUUUAAGAACUUUAAGCUGAUGCAUUCAUGACCAAAUAAUAAUGUACUUACUUUGUAUUUUAUUUUUUUACAGUGUCUUUCUGAAAUCACCAAAGUAUUCCUUACACAGAUACCAGAAUUCCGCUUUUUUUCUAUAUUGUAGCGCUUAUGUAAUGUGAAGAUCUUAUUGUGGGGAGUAAUGCAAGCAGAGACCUGAAUCCCCUUAAUGAGUGUGUGUACACACGGUCAUCAAAGUACACUUAUCCAGCUGUGUUCUUUGUUUAAAUCAAGUGUGUGGUCUACAAGAGCAGAUCAGUAGAGCAAUCAGCUGAACGACACAGGACAAUACACAGGAAAAUCCUUGGUACAUUUUAUUUGUCAAACUGUAAGUUAUUGCAGCAACAGUCUUUUACUGUUUAACGAUUUGUACUAAUACAUCUUAUCCAAGCUUGUGGUUAAACAAAAACACCAUGCAUUUUUUAAAUGGCAAAUAUCUGUGUUUUCUACAACUUACAAUAUCUGUAAAACUACAUAAUUAUGACCCAAAGACUCUUCUUUUAGGGGCAUAGCUAUGCAUAAUUCCUGUUACCUUUUCCUUGCCUUGUGCUAAUGUCUAUCAACAGUUGAGAGAAUGUAUUUUGUGAAUCAAUAAGACUUGAACCUGAUGCCUGUUAAACCAGAGAUGCUUAUAAUUUAUUUCCAAGCUGCUCAAAACUGUAUGCCUUUACAGAUAAUGUAAUAUUCAGUAACCUGGGCCAGCAGUUCUCUUUGUGCAUACAGAAAAUGUUGACCAGCAAGCAAAAGAGCUUGUGUUUAUGGAAGAUGACAUGCCUGUGAAGAUGAUACUUUACUUAUAAAUACAUUUAAACUAUACAUAAUUUCAUAAAAAGACAACAGUGGAUGAAAGGGUAGGCACCAUCCAUUGUACUUGUAUUCUCACGUUGCAAUGGUGAUGUUGUUUUGUUACAAAAGGAUUUCAGAUUUUUUAUUUUCUGUCUGAGUGUGUGUGUGUGUGUGUGUGUGUGUGUGUGUGUGUGUGUGUGUGUGUGUGUGAAUGUGUGUGUUUCUUUCAGCAUUCAAGUGCACAUAAUAGCAUUAUAUAUUUAUACUAUAAAAAAAAAUGUAUUUUAAAAUGUGAAUGUCUGGGAUGUUUCUGAAUUGUUUUCGUUUUAUUGUAAGCUUUUCUUUUCUGUUUUCCACCAUUAAAGAAAUAAAAAAGGAAAUUAAUAUACCUUUCA